AUGGUUUCUGAUAUCGGUGAAGUUCAAAUAAAUAAAAAAAUAUGUGUCACGAAGGCUGCCGGAGACAUGAUGACCCAUCAUGAACAACAUUUACCUGAAAACGUUGAAUUUGACCCAAAGUUUGAAAAAGAGUUAAAGGAGGAAAAAGAUUUAGAGAAUUUCGGCAGUGGAGAAAUAAAUCAAACAUUCUCCAAAACACCUUUCAAUGAAACGUUCAAGAGCGAUGAAGAUUCUGAUGACCCGAAUAUGAGCACGCGCAAUAAUGCAAACAUAUCGGAUAUCCGCGGAACUCUUCAAUGGGUCGCAAACAAUUGUGGAUUAGAAAAAGAAUGUACGGUGUUGGAAAAAUCUCGUGUUUUUGAUAAAAGCGACAGCGAAGAUUCUUUGAUUUUGCGCAUGAGAAAUUAUUUAGCUGAGUUUCAAGAACUGCGAGGUACAUCACCGAAGGAAUAUACGUUUUCCAGCUUGAUCAAGGUUAUCGGUCACGCCACAAGUCGGUGUCUAUUCGCUCUGUUUUACGUUAUUUUGAAUAUUUUGCCGGUCUUGGAGAUCCUACUCCACGUUUUGAGAUUUGUGGUCGACAAAGUUAUCGACAUAAAGGGCACCAACGAUGCGCAACAGAUUAUAAUUAAAGUCACGAUAUUCUUCAUCCAGUUAUUGUGCAUAUACGUGUGCCUCAUGUUUAUUUUUGGUUUCAUCGUUAUGCCUAUCAUACGCAUGGGUUUAAGUAUCAUAUCGAAAUUUAUUUUUUACAAUUGA